UUUACCAUCAUCAAUAUUGCUCGAAUCUUUUUUUCUGUGCAGUUAAAAAAAAAUUGUUUACGAUUUUGUUAGUGCGAAAAAAAGUGCGCUAUGUCCUUCAAGCUGGCCAAUCGUUGGACCAAGCGCGGCAUAAAAAAGUGUUCCAAGUGUGGAACCGAAAACGGCCAGCGCUCAAAGCGGUGCAAAAAUCUCAGAUGCCAACAUGUCCCGGAAGCGCCGCCGUCUACGAUAACAAAAGUCAAAGCAUCACGUUCAACCACUUUCGGUGGCCACUUUGUGGCCGUCCGGCUCAUGCAGCCGGACGCUUCGGUACAGUUGUUCAGUGUGCGGCAGCGACAGGUUGGGGAUAAAAUCGUUCGUGGGUUCGUUGAAAUCCGGGAUUGUUUCGAUAGUGGGGGAGCUGGGUUGAACGAGGAUUUGGUGCUGCAGCUUAAAACAGGGGUUUGUUACGUGGACUGUCAUCCGCACACGGGACCUGAGGGGACCUGCCAACAUGUACGAGCUGCAUCCGAGUCGACGGAGGUUGGUGAAGAUUUGGCGAUUCAACGGGAGGUUCUGGAGCUGCUGGCGCUUACGGCGGAUGAGCGGGAGUUGAUCUGGAAGCAGCAGUUGAGGUGUGGUCCGGGUGGUCCACUUGUACAGAAGGUGGCCGAGGAUACGUUUGUGGUGAGGUGUGAGGAUGAUUUGCACCAGUUGGUUCCGUUUUGUCACGUCCAGCUGAAGCAACUUUCCUCUAGCAUCAACUACGACUGCCAAGCUAAAGCAACGUCGGACCAAACAACUCCAUGUUAUCAUGCUCACAUUGUAGCAGCAGCCAUCCUAAGUUCCUCAAAGCUCCGUCCGAUCUUCGAGAGCGUCGUCAAACAUUUGCUACUCCCACCAGUUCCAACGCCACAAGACGAACAAAUCAAGCUGCUGGACAGCAUGAUCCUCGUUCCGGACAGCUUCCCCCCACUGGAUGCUACCGAUCAGUUCCUAGUCACCACAAUAGAAAACCUCUCCGAACCGCCCAGUGAAACCCCAGUUUCAUCUUCCCCGAUCAUCGAGCUGAUCAAUAGCACCGAGAACAGCACUUCAAUCGGCGAAGCGUUCACCUCGGUCUACGACGAGCACGAAAACAUACAGCUGAUGGAAUGCCAGAUUGAGCUCAUGGACCAGUUUAUGCUGACCGAUCAGAUCGACUUUUGCCCCUCGGACGUUGAACUGAGCGAUGAAAACGUGGUCUUCCCGGCGGAUGAAGAACUGGGACUGGUCGUGGACGACACCGAAGUGCCGAAGGAACCCGCGCCCAAAACCAAGUCGUCCAAACUGGUCGAGGUGACGACGAAGAAGGCGGCCCUCCGACAAACCAGCAAAGUUGCCAAAGAGAAGCUAAAAAAGGGCAGCUACAACGUGCGACGGCUGAUGAAGAUCCUGGAGUCGAACGGGGUGGUGUUCAAUCGGAUAAAGCGAUCGGAAGCGGCUGCGAUGGCUGUGGGAAGUGUGGCAGAGGGUGGGUCGAUUCCGUCACACGAGGCUAGUUUGUGCGGGUUGACGUUCACGGGAUGGCUCGAGUCGGUGAUAGAGCGAAUCAAUUCUGUGAUACAUUACGUUGGGAAUGGAAAGCCGGAUACGCUGGUGUUCAGCAUUCACGAGACAUUCUUCCAGUGCCUUCGCUCGCGCUUCUCGGUGGGCCACCGUCUCCGGAUGCCGGACCACAGCUACGAACUGGACGAACCGCGGCGCGGUCUCACAUGCCAGGUGUACAAGUUCUCCUGCUACAGAAGUCUGCGCCACGUGUUCAAGACUGACAGGAUCGCUCUCAAGUUUGAGAAAUCCUUCUGCCGAGCAGCAGAUGGAUCGUUUGAGGAGGUUGACCUUUCCGAUGGCGAUGGGUCGUCCAAGGUGGGACGCCCAAUCCGGGCACACGAGUUUACGACGUACGUUAAAAUGGGCAGCUACAGGAGGGAGGAGGACGCGCAAGUUCACUACUUUGUGAUCGAGUGGAUUGCGGGCGUUCUUCCGGUGAGCCGGUUCGGUGAGAUGCGGCUAAGCUUCGAGUAUGGUCAUAGGGAAAAUCGGAUGCACGUGGAACCGCCGACGACAGCUUCAGACAAGGGUAUUUCGGUAUCGAGUAAGAACGAGUAA